CAGUAUUCUAGAGGAUAGGAAAGGUGUGAGCUUUAUCGAAGUGCGAGAAUUCACAAGCCUGUGGUGUGGCAAUGGCUACCAUUAGUGACGAGAUCAAACGGUUGGCACAGCCUGACCCGAUCGAGAACUCCCACGUCGAUGCCUGGUACAUGGACGAAUCUACGGAGGAUCAAAGGCUUCCCCACAGGCUAGAGCCAAACGAAACAGUAUCGUUGGAGCACCUGCAGAAGUUGGGGGUUGUUUAUUGGAAGGUUGACGGAGAAGAGGACCCAAAGCUCCAGGCCAUCAGGGACGCCAGAGGGUACAGCUAUAAGGACGUCAUCACAGUGUCACCCGACAAGCUCCCAAACUAUGAGGCGAAGAUCAAGUCUUUCUUCGAGGAACACAUCCACUCUGAUGAGGAGAUCAGAUUUGUGCUGGAUGGCAGCGGCUACUUUGACGUGAGGGACUUUGACGAGAGGUGGAUCAGGAUUGACUGCCGCAAGGGCGACAUGAUCGUGCUGCCAGAGGGCAUCUACCACCGCUUCACGCUCGACAUCAAUAACUACAUCAAGGCGAUGCGGCUGUUUGUGGGUGAGCCAGUGUGGACCCCCAUCAACAGGCCAGCGGAUGACCACCAAUCGCGCUCGCGAUACCAGUCAAGCUUCCCGGCAUCUCAGUCCGUCAGAGCUCACUGAUGGAGAGGCGUCAGAUGCACAAGGCUUGAGAUUUUCUGUAUUUUCUUCAUUUCACAUGUGAUUUUGUUUAGUCUCUCCUGUAGCCCCAUUGGGCAUUUUACUGGUUUAGAGAAAGAUCAUUGCAGACAACAAGGGACAGCGAGCAUCAUAUUUUUGAAAGUGGGCUACCGCAUUUCUUGAAAACAAUGGCAAGGACUGGGAGUCUUGAAACCUCCUGAUGAGUGCAAGUGGGACCUGUUCUCAUCACUACAACCUGAGCAUCUAUCUCAGCUAGCCUAUUGCAAUCGUACUUCUCUGCAAAGAGGAAUUUGGUGUCACAGCUCAGCCUACAAAUUACGCAGUUGAGAUUGGAUUAUUCAGAUCGGUCUCUGGAUGUGUGACUUGACGACCUGUAACCGUCUACCGACGCG